AUGAGUGAAUCAUUCAAAGUAAAAUCUCCUCGUAAACGGCGUAAUCGUCAACGCUAUCGCCGCCGCUCAUCCGGCAAAGAAGCGCCGUUAAAAAGCGACCCACUUCCUAAUUCUUCUCAAGAUGCAGCAAUGCCAUCUCGUACAAAAUCGCCUCUGCCUACAUUACCGGAAAAAAGGCAACCGACUAUGAGAUCCAGAAUAAGCCCAAACUUCCUUCUGGAAGAACGUGAGGUGACGGAAUCAUUGAAGCGCCUGACCGUUACGACACAAUCAGAGGAUGAAGCAAACGAAACGCAGCAUCUGCACGUUAUAGAUAGACAAAUUUUGUUUUUCACCGAGAAGCUUCCCGAAGACGAAUUUUUUGACGCCGUGGGCAGUCCUGUAGAUGCUCCAGUUCCGGUUGAUGAAGAUAACAGAAAAAAUGCUUCACUUCGAUCGUCGUCGUCUAACGAAGCGGAUACACCGACCCAUCUGGCAUCGUCGUAUUUUCACACAGACGAAGGAUCCAAAGUCACUGUGCCAUGGCAAUUGCUGAAAUACCCUACCAUAGACGAGGAUUUGAUGUUUUUUGUACCGGACAGCACUUAUCCUGCUUCCAGAGCAGUCCUUGAAGAGGUAUGCGUACAGGAUCCUAACACUAUCGACGGAAAGGACGAAGGCUCCACUCAGCUGAAAGUUCCAGAGCUACCAAUCGUUAAUGUAGCCAACAAGCACCGACUGAUGAAUCGUUUGUUAGAGGAAGAGCAAGAGGAAUGGUUCGACGCCAGCGGGGAACUGGUUGAUUUCCAGCGUUUCAUAGAGGGAAAUACACGUGUCCGAGGAAUGUGCAGCAAAACGUUUGUCCCAUUCUUCGUAGAACCGAUUCCACUAGAAAAAACGCUGCAGCGGCUCUCGAUGGAACGCACAGUAAAGAUUUUGAUCGGAAGGCUCCGUUUCGAUGCGCAUCCUUCGUUUGGGGAUGCGAUCCGGAUGCGACUGAAAUUGGAGGGGUUGUACAAGCAGUACUAUCGCAUUGUUAGGCUUAAUCAAAAAGACUCGUUGCAGUCGAAACUGAACAAACUGCGCGCGUUGGGUGUCGAUUCGCUUGAGGAAGGGACAUUGGACCCAUUUCAGCUGAAAAUGACGCGCCGAGAGUAUCGUAAACUGAUUUACCAGGAAAUACGCACGGAACGUCAGCUGGCGAAGCAAAUCAUUGAGCUGUGGGAGGAACUAAAAGCCACCCAUCAUGAUCAUGGAUUAAAAAUGUCCGUAAACAGCCAAAAUACGGUCGAGGAGCGCGAUGGCAGUGAUUGGCGGGAACGGUACGAAUUGGAGCAGAAAGAAAUGCUGGAAGAAGAGCACGAGCUCUACCUGCGGGAUAAACAGGAGUAUAAGGCGUACUUGCGCGAUUUGGCCCGUGAUCCAACGGAUAGCGCUGAAGUUCGGCCGUUGAUGCAGAAGCCGAAAAAACCAGACACAGCUAAACUAAAGCGAGAAUUCCGUGUGCUAUUUGAUGAAACAUUCCAGGCAGCUGGAGAUCCGAUCGUACGCAUUGUUAUGCAACGUAGUUCGGCUGGUAGCCCACAACGUGAUCCUCGCGAGCUUCCAGGGCGCGAUCUUCUGUUCAAAAUGAAGCUGUUCAUCGAUGGGAACCACGUGGCGUCGACGAAAGCGCGCCAUUUUCAGCACGAUGAUUUCACGCAAGUCGACUUCAACACGUGCUUCUCGAUCAUGCUGACGACGAAAAUCCCGGACACCAUCUCGCUGCAGUUGUACGAGAAAAACCGCCUGAUGAUGAAAAGCAAGAGAGCGGAGAUAUUCGUACCACUUCCCAGCACGGAUGAACUGUACGAAGAGGUUGAUACUGUGGAGUACCAGUUUUCGUCAGGUAAACCCUACCUGAUGCCGUCCUACGCCAACGGCACGGUUGAGCUGAAGAUCGGUUGGUUAGAGCCAACUGACGGAACAUUUCCCAGCCCUAGCCGGCGUCGUUCGUUACCACGCCGUACCGUGUUGCCGAAGGAAAUUCUGCGCCGUUGGAUUGAUGAUCGUGCUUUGGAGAACCGUGGCCAGUCUGACGUUGAAACGGAAGCCACUUUUUUGCGGGCUUUAGCAGAUGAUGAACGUGCAACUGAAGCAGCAACUAGUCGACGCCACUCCAAAGAAUCGCCUCCUGCGGAAUCCGAAGAGACCGAGUUCCGUUUUAAUGAGGAUUCACUAGCGUUUUGUUCGGAGGAGACGAUCGAACAAAACGAACGUUUGAUUCUAUUAAGCAAACGAUUUCAGCACAGCGUCAAGUAUCGCGAUGCUAAAUUCGUUCCCCAAACCGAGCGGGAGUUGACAAUGGUGGGCAACUUGGAGGACGCUGAGCAAGCGAAAAUAAUCGACGAAACCCUCGGUACGGAUCCGAUCGAUCUGCAGCGCCAUCGGGGCAAGCGCUAUUUGCAGCAGGUGUACGAUGUCAUAAGCAACCACUGCCGGGUGUUGAACCACGAUAAGGUGAACAACGCGAACCUCUUGAUCGGGGGUGAUCAGGCGCCAUCUUUUGGAGCUCUUAGUCUGGCGUUUCUGGAAAUCUUUGGUCCGAGAAGACCAUUGAAGCCAUCUCGCCGUUCCCCGAAUAGCCGUGCGUCGGUGCGGGUUAGUGACGUGACGCGGUUUAAGAUCAUCGUGACAAUCGUGCGUGCUUUCGGUAUUCCGAUGCGCACGGAGGACUACCAGGCGAGCUCGAUCGGUCGACGGAGCAGCAUCAUGUCGUCCUCAAAUGGAAGGUUCUCAUUUCGCACUUCAAACGUGCGACCGUACGUGACCGUGUCGUUGAAGGAUUGCAUUUUACGCACCUCAACUGCAGACGGGACUGCACCGACUUGGAACGAGCAGCUAGAGGUGCCGCUGGACACCAGCACAGAUCAGAUGAGGAAACACCUGCACAUCGAUCUCUACGACGAGUACAUGGAGGAUCUGCUCGAGGACGAUCGAACGCGACCUACCGAAGUGUACCAGCGUAUCUCGAGUCGGUGGUUGGGACAGCUUCGUAUUCCAAUCAGCACCAUCUAUUUGAACCAAAGGAUGGAGGGUACAUUUGAGAUAAAAACUCCACCCAUCCUGUUUGGGUACGAUCGCCAGAUGCAGGGAAACCAACCGUCAGACGUCCCGGAGAGCUACGGGGGUCCGAUCGGGUUGAUCGGAGGCACAGCUCUACCAGAUAUGCGAGAGCUGACACACGUAACGCUGUUCAUAAGCUUAGAACCGCUGACAGAACGAUCGUCUCUCGACACAGGCGGGCUAGAGUGUGUAGAGCUGGAGCGCAUCAAAACCCGCAUCUACAUGUGGCAUCACGAGUAUCGGCAUGAGUUUCCAGCCCGGGCAGUUGUGUUGCCUUUGGUGACUCUGCUUGGUGGAAAGCGUAUCUGUGCAACGCGGCUGCUCGGACCGUUGCCGAUUCCUUUCGUUAUGGACGAGUUGUCGGAGUCGAUGAUUAGGCGAUACGUUUCGCUCAUUCCCGUUCACUACAGCGUUGAUCCAUGCUCUCAACUCGGUGGAAUAUGGCUAACGAACAAGGAAAUUCUCACGAUGAUGUGCGCUUCUCCGAAGGAUCUGGGUGUGUUGUUGGUGUGUUUCUAUCUUCAGCUUGGCUAUGAAGUGUGGCUCAUCUUCGGGAAUAGCGUGCUCAUGGGAGAUACUACCUUCGUGCUGCUCCUUGAUGGGGGUGAUUAUUUUAUUGUCGAUCCUUGCAGUGGCAAAAAGUACAGCAGCACCGACACGUACUGCCCGCUCAAUCGGAUUUACCUGAUAGUGAGCCAGACUAACGUGUGGGGUAAUAUUCAGAAGGAGAACCGUGUUUUUCUAACCCAGCUUGACGUGCGAAAAUCGGGCUUUUGGCGUGCGUUGUUUAAUCGAUUUCACGAGCCACCGGUUGGGUGUGUGCAGGAGGCUUCCUUUGAGUAUCAAAAUGCGCUCCCCGUCAAGGAACUUCAACGGGCGAUCGAACGGAAACUCAUGCGAAAGAUCGCAUCCUGGCGGACUACAAGGAAAACAGUGUGGAAUCGAUUUAUUAGUGAUCACCUUCGAAGCACACUAAUAAGCUUGGAGCGCGACGCUUGCACGGAGGCGAAUACGGAAGGCUACGUUGACAACUUUGGGCAAAUGUUCGUGUCCUACAAGGUGAACGGAUUUCCCAUCAACUUGCCCCACAGUAACCUUUCGACAAUCGUUGCGCAGGUUAAAGGUACGGGAAUUCACCUAAACUCAGAGGCAGCCGUUGAAUUCGCUUUGGGCGUUUAUAUAAAAGACUAUCCCAGUAAUGUUUAUUCCGUAUGGAUUUUUCUCAUGUCCCUUGUUCCGAGAAUUUAA